AUGAAUAUGGAAAUGUAUACAACACAGAGUAGUAUGAAUCAUGACACUCCACUUAAUCUGUGGGUCCCCAUCUCGCACCAAGAAGUGCAAUAUUACAAUCAUUUGUUUACAUAUGUGGAUACACAGCAUGUUCAUACAAUUAAAGGUCACCAAGCAGUUGGAUUCUUUACACGGUCAUAUUUAGAUAAAACGGUUUUACGUGAGAUAUGGAAUGUUGCCGAUAGUCAACAUAGGAGUGAAUUAUCACGGAAUGAAUUUUAUGCAGCCAUGAGACUAAUUAGUAUGGCGCAGCAUGGAGAACCAGUGACUUUAAAGCGAUUUUAUGAGCUUGCAGCAACGCAAUACCCUCUUGCUCGAAUCGAUGGGAUACCGCUACCUCGAGAAAGGCAUCAGAUGACAACACAAGUGGCAAUGCAGACGUCAACUCAUGCGCGAUUGCAUACUCCGCAACGAGAUUGUCGUGCUCUACAUUCACAACAGCCUUUGAGCUCUGGAACAAUGUACGGACUUACGAUAGAAGACAAACACAAGUAUGAUGCUAUUUUUCAGCAGUAUGAUACUGAUCAGGAUGGAUUUCUGAUGGGACCUGAGGCAGUGGCGUUGUUUCAACUGUCUGGUCUUGAUCGCAAUAUACUACGAGAUAUUUGGUCGAUGGCAGAUGUGACGCAAGAUAGCAAACUAAGCAUUCAAGAGUUCUACGUGGCAAUGCAUCUAAUCGUGUGUCUGAGCAAGCGUGGACUACCGAUGCCACCCACGUUUCCUCGUGAACUAAAAGAGGCUGCUUUCGGUGCAGGGGGAAAUGCACCAUUUGUAUCUAGCCCUGGUUACGGAUCUCACGUGACAGCUUCUCCAUCCCACAACGGACUAACGAGACCGCAACAAGAUAGCGUGCCACCUCCGAAGCCUCAGGGGAUGUCUGCUUUUGAUUCAUUGCCUACCGUUAAGGACGCGCCACUACUAAACUUGACUUCGUCUACGCCACGUUCUUUGCACGACAGCACUUUUGCCCACACCGAUAAUAAUGCAAAGAACAGUCAGCUGAAUGACUCAAGUGAGCCGUCAGUUCUCACUCCUGCUGGUAGUCUUCACAUGGAGAGCUCUGCACCGGCAGAACAGCAUGAUGUCAACAGCUUUCCAACAUCGCGGACUCCCAGUGUUGUUGGCAGGGACCGUACAAAAUCGGCAUCGUCAUUGAGUUCAAUGAGUAGCUUCAAUGGACUAGCACCGCUUCCAACUCAGCAACCGACGCGCCAGUUUCCUCUUCAGAUGCAAUCGGAUACUCUGGGUUUUCAGACAUACUCUCCACUUGGUGGAAUGGGCUCAGGCGGGCCCCAACCGUCAGUUGCUUCCUCUAAGAAGCCGUUUAUGUGUGAUGAGGAAGAAAAGACGUUGGUGGGUAAGCUUGAUCAGCAGAACCGCAAGAUCGUUGAGGCUAUUGCCGGUGUGGAAGACAAGCAAUCUUCAGUCGAGAUAGUUUUGGAGAAGUUACGCGAUCUGGAUGAGCUACGUCAUGAACUCGUAACACUCGUAAUGAAGCGAGACAAUAUGCGUGCAGCAUCCGCCUUUACCUGUAAACUAAGUGAUAGUUCUGCAGAACAUACCGCGCAUGCUAUAGAGCGGAGUCUUCGAAGCCUGGUGGAGAAUCAGAAGCAAUUGGUUUGUCAGCUACAACGUGACAUCUCUAGGUAUGAGAGUGAGCUGGAAGAAGCCAUUUUGAGCGCGACGUUGCAGCAGAAGUUGUCACUAGAGUCACAAUCCUCACUGAUUGACGCAGCAACGCCGCCGGUGAGUGAUUCUUCAAGAGAUGCAGGUGGCGGAACUACUGCUUUUACCGGCACCCAUAUUAUUCUUGACGGGUCCAAUGCUUUGUCAUCUUCCGUGGCAGUUCCCGGCUCGCCUUCGAUCUCUGCGUUUUCACCUGAUGCGACUGAUAGUAGCGAAUUCGACGCAUUUAGUAAUUUUGACUCGGCACCACGAUCAUUUGCAAGCGCUACUCCUUCGCCAGCAGGUGCAGUUACAUUUCCGUCAGCAUCUUCCUCUCAGAGCGCUAGUGGGAGCAACACGUUUAACGCCUUUGGUAGUUUUGUCGCUCCGUUAUCUGCUGGCGUAGCUCCAUCAGCACUACCUAAUGUUGGGAAUACUAUGGAAACAUCACCGUUUGAUGCGACUUUCUCUUCUGCUGCCAUGAGCGACAGCAUUGAAUUCGACGAUUUUACUGCAGCGGUGCCACAUUUUGCUGCUGAUACCGGAAUGGCACCCGCCAUACCAGCAGCAGUUGAUGCAACUUCACCGUUCUCAACAAUUACGCCGUCGCCGCUACCUACUGUAAUUGAUGAUCGUGGUUUUUCUGACUUGGAUGGUUUUCAAACCUUUUUGUCACCGUUGCCUGAUGCAGCAGCAAAGUUUUCUUCAGCUGUAGUUGCUAGCAACAGCAGCACUGACUUCAGCUCGAACCUAAUUCCCUCCGAGGUCGCGGCUCCUAUCGUUCCGUCCACACCUGCAUCUGAAAGCUCCCCAUUCUUACCAACCCCAUCGUCAGCCGUGACAGAGAUGCCAGUACUGGAUGUUUUUGCUACUACACUAGCUUCAAAUGAUGGCAGUUCAACAUUAGCGACCGCAGAUGUUGCCAACGAGAAUUUGAUUUUAUCUCCGGUUGCUCCAGGCGACAAGGAACUGAACGUGUUUGGUGAUUCCGGUGAUGCUACUGCAAUGUCCACGGACAAUGCGGCAAUAUCAUCUGACCUGGCGUCAAAACAAGAAUCUUUUGGAAACUUGCUGUUUUCAGCGACACCUUCUCCUGUUGCUGCGACAGAAGUUACCAGUCUUGAUACAUUUGGUGACUUCUGUGCUCCUCCUACAUCGAGGGGUAGCGUGAUGUCGGUACAUGCAUCGGAGACGGCGACCAUGCACUCGCCAAUCGCUCUGGCCGCUGUGGACGGCGAUGACUUUACUAGUUUUGGUGACUUCAGUGCAGCUCCAGCUUCAGCAGAUAGUGCUGCGUCGUUGGUCAUGUCGAACGAGGUGGUGGAGACUACUAGCAAGUCCGUAUUCUCGCCCGUGGCCGAGGAUGACACUGAAUCUGAUUUUGGAGAAUUUAGCGCUGCUCCAAGCUUGUCUGACACCGCAGCAACACCAUCUGAAUCAUCAGAAAUGAUAGAUCCCAAUGGAAGCUCAACAGUCUUGCUUGUCGCACCUGACAGCAGCAAGUCGGAUGAUUUCAGUAAAUUUGAUUCGGCAUCCGUCAAAGUUGACAGCCUGAAAUGUGCGGACGUGCUUGCCAUUUCUCCGUUCUCUCCUGUCAGUGGUGAAACUGAAGUUAUCGAGGACUGUAAUGCUACUCCAACUUUAGUGAAAAGUGUCAAACCAGUAGCAACUACGGACACAAUUGACACCAAUGACGUGAGCGUGCUCGAAGACAUGAGUACGUCCGACGGUUUCGAGAGCUUCAAUCAACUUAAUUAA